AUGCAGUCAGGAAUCUCGGUCUCCUCGGAGCUACAUGAUGCCUUCAAUAACUUCGUCUCGGACUCAUCGAUCUUCUGCCUCCCGCUCUCCUCCGUCCUCCAGCCGAAAACCCCCAUCUAUCUUCUUCUUCGCCGUCCGGAGUCUGGGUCUUCGUCUCUUAUCGCAUUGACCUACAUCCCCUCCAAUGCUCCGGUGCGCGCCAAGACCCUUUUCGCUUCUACCCGUGCAACGCUGGUUAGGGAACUAGGCAGCGAGAAGUUUGCCUCGACUAUCUUCGCGACUGAAGAGGAUGAGAUUGUGGGUCAGGAUGCGUGGAAGGAAAGAGAUGCAGAGAAGAACGGCUCUAGCAAGAGCCGUUCUCAGCGCGAGGAGCUCAUGGGCGAGAAAGAGCGGGAGUUGGAAGCCGUCCGGAGAGCCGAGGAUGAGGCGAGAAGUGGCACCCCCGGUAGGGACAUCGGAAUCGGGGGUUCCUUUGCUAGAAGAAAUGGUGGUAUCGGAGCACCAUCUAGCAUGCAGUACAAGAUGCCUGUGGAUGACGAGGCAAAAAAUGCUCUGGGAAGUCUCCAGCCGGGCGACUUGGUGCAGCUGGCCAUUGAUAUUCCAAGGGAGACAUUCGUCCUUGCUGGGGUAGAGAACGGGACUAUCCCUAACUCGGUCGAGUCUCACAUCUCCUCAUCUUCACCACGUUAUACAUUUUAUCAUUAUCCCGAUACUGACGUGGUGAUCUUCGUCUAUACUUGCCCGUCGGGUUCGUCGAUCAAGGAGCGUAUGCUAUAUGCUAGUUCCCGAAUGUACGCCCUCCAACUGGCCGAAGACCAAGGUCUGAAGAUUUCUAAAAAGAUCGAAGCAUCUUCACCAGACGAGAUCACAGGCGACAGACUGCAGGAGGAAGUGAGCCCGCCACAAAACGACGGACUAAACCGUGGAUUCGCAAGACCGAGAAGACCCGGCAGGUAG